AUGGAUUUGAACUCUGCACGUUAUUUAUCUUUUUCCGUUUAUUCAUACGACCCAAGUCAAGGUGCCAGGCAUCGGUUGGUUUAUGGAGGCUCAGUUCAUUUGGCAGCGUUAUUCCAUAAAGCCACGCAACAGAACAGCCAGCAACAGCAGCAUAAUCGUCUAGCUCUGCAGUUGCAACCUCGAGGAACUCUGUACAUCGAACUUCUCUAUCAAACCAUAGAAAUUCUUUACCGCAGGACACCAUCCCUACAUUUAAAUUCACUUUUUGGUACGGAGCUAGCGACUGUUGUGGAACGAGAAAAAAGUGGUCGAAACAUUCCCAUGCUGCUGGUAAGAUGCGUUGAAGAGAUCGAGAAGAGAGGUCUCGAUCAGGUCGGCAUAUACCGUCUGUGUGGCUCGGCUAGGAGAAAGCAGCAGCUGAGAGAAGAGCUCGAAAAAAAUCCAAUGCAUAUCGAUCUGUCGCCAUCUGUCGUUGGAGACAUCAACGUUGUUACAGUAAUUUUGAAAGAUUUUGUUCGAGAGCUGCCAGAACCAUUAUGUCCAUCUUCGCUGUAUGAGGCACUGGCCCAAGAAAGUACACGCGAGUCGACGAACAAUGCUCAACUCAUGAUGACCAUCAUGGAAUGCUGCCCUAAGAUCAAUCAGGUCUGUUGCUUGUUCCUUUGUUUGUCCGUUUGUUUGUCCGUUCUUCCAUGUUCAUUUAUUUACUCGUUUGUUUGUCCGCGUCCGUUUGUUUUCCCAUGUCCCUAA